UACCAUGCAGAUGAGCGAGAGUAUCUUUUGGCCGGACAACGAUGCCAGUUUCUUUUCCCACGCCAAGCUGGAGGAAUUGUUUAGUGGACAAGAUGCUGUGGUGUCGGCACCUUUCAGCAGUCAAACCAGCAAUAAAUUUCAUCAGAGCCAAUCGGACGAUAGUCUGUUUGGCGAUAUUUCAUUGCCCAGCGCAGAAGAAGUAGUGCCGAGGAUUGAACUGGACCAGAACAGUCCAAAGGUCCAAAGUUUUAAGGAUAUUGACCUCAAAGACUUGAGCAUGGCUGAAAUUGAUAUUUUCCAUGGCGCUGAUCAUUACAGCGAUCCAGUCGUACAAAAUACUCAACUCUUUAUGGAUGCAAUUGCCUUUAAGGUACCCAAAUCACCAGAGAGAACACAAAUGAUGGCCCCGCAACCCAAAGAGGACUCCAUAGCCAUGUCGACAUCAAUGUCAUUCAUAUCCAAGUCCAUUCUGGAAGGCAUUGUGCAGGGAACACAAUAUGAAACAUACGAAGCUCUGCAAAAUCGCUCCAUGCUGCAGGCGCAACAAGAACUGGCGGCACUCGAUCAGCUGGACUGGCAGACGCAGGCGUUUGCCGAAUUCGAAAGCGCCAAGGACGAGCCCGACAACAGUUUUCCCAGUAAGGGCGAUUUCUACGGUCUGCCGGACAGGGUGAAGAAUUUAAUAUUCGAGCACAAGGGCAUCAAAAGCUUAUAUGAGUGGCAGGAUGAGUGUCUGAAUCUGCCAGCCAUACGAAAGCGCAAAAAUCUAAUUUAUGCGCUGCCCACUAGCGGCGGCAAAACUUUGGUUGCCGAAAUCCUAAUGCUGCGCGAGCUGCUCUGCCGCCAACGCAAUGUGCUCUUCAUACUGCCCUAUGUGUCCAUAGUGCAGGAAAAGGUGAGCGCCAUGUCACCGUUUGCCAUUGCGCUAGACUUCAUUGUGGAUGAGUAUACGGCGGGCAAGGGCAAAUGUCCGCCACAACCGCAACGCAAGCGGCGCAGCCUGUUUAUCGCAUCCAUUGAGAAGGGCGCCGUGCUUAUGGACAGCUUGAUUGAUGCUCAACGUCCACACGAGAUCGGUCUGGUUGUGGUUGAUGAGCUGCAUUUGAUUGGCGAGCGCGGCCGCGGCGCUACAUUGGAGGCUUUUUUGACCAAGGUCAUGUUUUUGAAUGCCAACAUUCAAAUUGUGGGCAUGAGCGCCACCAUUGGAAAUCUGAACGAAAUUUCGGCUUUUCUCAAUGCAGAUGUUUAUACGCGUGGCUUUCGUCCAGUAGAGCUACGGGAGUACAUCAAAUGUGGACAUGAUUUGCUGGAAAUCAAUUCGGCCGGGCAAACGCUCGAAGAGAUAUUUGUUCCUCAUCGCACCGUUAGCUACAAUUACAGCGCCGCUGUGGAGCGCGCCGAUCCAGAUCAUCUGGCGGGUUUAAUAAGCGAAUGUGCGCCGGAGCAUUGCUGUCUGGUGUUUUGUCCCACGCGCAAGAAUUGUGAGAAUGUCGCGCUGCUCCUUAGUAGGAUUGUGCCCAAGCAAAAGUUCUUUGAGCAUCGCCAGAAUGAGAAAGCUGAUCUUAUGAAUGCUCUCGACAAGAUGUGUGGCAUCUUAAGUCCCGUGCUGGCCAAAACGUUGCCCUACGGCAUUGCCUAUCAUCACUCGGGACUGACCACGGACGAACGCAAAUAUAUUGAGACCGCAUAUCGAUUCGGCGUCAUCACGGUAAUUUGUUGUACUUCCACGCUGGCGGCGGGCGUGAAUCUGCCCGCCAAGCGUGUGAUUAUACGUGCGCCCUAUGUCGGACAAGAGUUCAUGACUUUGUGCAAGUACAAGCAAAUGGUUGGACGUGCUGGACGCGCAGGUCUGGGCGAGGCGGGCGAGAGUAUUCUGAUAACGCAGAGCAAGGACAAUUUUCUUGUGGGGCAAAUGCUAUUCUCGCCCAUGGACAAAGCGCUUAGCUCGCUGGAUCAGCUGGAUGCCGUUGGCUUACAGUCUUUAAUACUGAGCGUCAUUGGCUUGAACCUGGCUGAUUGCCGACGCGAUCUCAAUCGCCUGGUCAACAGCACUUUGCUGGCCGUGCAGGCUGGCGCCUUGGAAGUAGCCGUUGAUGAGCUGGUGCUGCGCAUUUUGCGUGACAUGUUCAAGAACAAGGUGCUGCAACUUAGAGAAACUGCGCCUAAGGGCAAACCCAAUAGCUCGGAUAUUAUGACUACACAAGAUAUCAAUCAGAGCAGUCGCUCGGCUUCCGAUCGUCGUCUGCUCAUAAGCCAAUCCACUCGUUUUCAGCUAACCAACAUUGGGCGCGCCGCAUUUAAGGCGGGCAUCGAUUACAAACGCGCCUUUGCAAUACACAGAGAGCUGCAGCAGGCGCAGCAGCAGCUCAUACUCACCAGCUAUGUGCAUCUGCUUUACCUGGUUGUCUGCUUCAAUUCCAAUGAGCGUGGCGAUGAAAUGUUCCCUGCUGAUGCUAACAUACUCUUUCGCGAAUAUACUUCCCUAUCGACACAGACCCAGGCGCUGUUCAAGCAGUUGGGCUUUACGGAGGCGCAUGCGGCCAGGCUAGCUAAGACGCAGUCGGUGCAGGGUCCGUUGGCUUUGCAGUUGAAUCGCCUGUACAAAGUCCUCAUUCUAGCUGAUGUACUGGCGCUCGUGCCGUUACCCAGCGUGGCCAGCAAGUACAAUGUGGAGCGCGGCACGUUGCAGCAACUAAUCAGUCAGUGCACGGCGGCGGCUAGCGCCAUAGUGCGUCUGUGCGAGCAAAUUGAUGAGUUCUGGUGCUAUAGGCCACUCUUCGAGCGCAUCAAUCAAAAAAUGGAUCGCUGCGGCACGCUGGAACUGGAGUCGCUGUUAGAGCUGCCCGCUGUUAAGAUUAAUCGAGCCAAGCAGCUUUAUACGGCGGGCUUCAGAACCAUCGAAGAUGUGGCCAAGACGCGUCCCAUUGCGCUGGUGAAAGCUGUGGAAUUCAUGCCACUCAAAGUGGCCACGGAAAUUAUAUCAGCUGCUAAGAUAAUAUUAAUGAAAAAACUGGAUCAUCUGGAGGAGGCGACGGAGGCGCUGAAGAGCUGCCUUUGCACAAGCGAAUCGCAAUCAACUUAAAUGUAUAUA